AUGUCUAAAAUAAAGUUUUUGUUAAUCUUAAUCCUAUGCGAAUCAUGCCAGGCCUUCCUCAACACAACAUUUCGUAUAGACAGUCCCCGUGCCCAAUACCCCGCAAUUCCAUCUCAGUAUAACGUAAUCUAUUUCUUCGUGAUAAUCAUGUUAGCAACCAUAAUGCGAAUCAUCCUACUCCGAUACGACAUUCCCACCCCUUACGGCGCCUUCAUGAUCUUCAUCGGCGUCAUCUGGGGGCUCAUCUGCAACAAUAGUCGCUUUGUGCUCCUUGCUUCCGACUCCAUGACCACCAGUAUUAUCGAUCUCAUCUACAUCUACUUACCUGCCGCGGUCUUCUCCACCAGUUUCAAUCUCGACGUCCCCAUUUUCCUCAAGAUUAUUCCGCAACUUAUGGUGAUUGGAAUUUUUGUAACUCUUCUAACUGGAAUCCUUUUCGGAAUCAUGAUGAAAAUGGUGAUUGAACCGAAUUGGUCGUUAUCUAUUGGACUAAUUUUCGGUAUUUUUAUUGUUCCGAUCAAUCCUGCAAGCAUUGUGUACCUUCUGAAGCAGCAAACAACAGUAACUAGACACAUCAGCACUCUGUUGGAAGGCGAAGCCCUCUUCAAUAUGCUUUUCGCAGAAACUACACACGAUUUGGUUAGCAACCAUAAAAAGGGAUUCGUCGUUUGGUGGUAUCAGUUUGUAAUGGUGUUUCUACGCUUUGUUUUGUUUGGUAUCGCAUUUGGGUAUUUGAUGGGUCUUAUUGGUCGUUACAUGAUGCGCACAAUGCACCGUUACCCUUUCACCAUCUCCUUGAUUUCCUUCAGUUUUCCCUACUUUACGUUCUUUUUGUCAGAUCUUUACAUAUCUGGGUGUGGGUCUAUUUCCGUUAUGACUUUGGGUACCAUGAUGGCAAUAGAACGCACAGUUCUUGCAAAAGAAACAAACCAGUUUUUGAAUGACAUAUGGGAAAUCAUAGGGUAUGUUCUUGAUGCGGUCAUGUGUGUCACUAUUGCGUUGCUGGCUACUGUUAAAAUAGCCCGUGUUGCACAUUUUUCCUCGUAUAUACGCAUAAUUGUGACUUAUCUGACAUAUUACUCGAUCAGAUUCAUAUGUUUCCUCCUAUUUUCUCCCAUAAUCAGUCGGUUAGGAUACGGCAUGGACUUAAAAUGCAUGAUAGUGUGUGUAUGGAGCGGCCUCAAGAGUUCCUUUAGUCUAGCCCUUUCCUUAAUCUUCAUAGAGGAUGAGUUAGAACUAGAAAAAAUGAAACGGAUAUUUUUUCAAUGUGUGGGCAUUUAUUUCCUGUCUGUUUUAAUCAAUGGGACUUUUACAAAAAAAAUCUUGGAGUUUUUAGGCUUGCGAGAAAUCUCUAUAGCGAGAAAAAUCAACAUGACAAACUGCAUGAAACAUAUUUUCACCAAAAGGAACAAAACUGUGGCCAUCCUAAAGAUGGACAGAUUUUUAGCUGACGUCAACUGGCCGGUCGUUAUUGAAGCGACUGACAUGAAACAUCCAUACCGUAUGGGAAUGGAAGAUACCGAAGAAGACAGCUUUUUUCUAGGAUAUCGGUUUACAAUUUGCCCCGAUUGCAAAACAGAAAUUCCCAAAGAACCAACAGUCAGAGAAUUAAAAGACAUGGCCAAGGAGGCCAAAAUGAGGGUGCUUAAAAGCAAAAAAAUGUGCUAUGCGCGUCAGUACGAAAACGGCAUGAUGACCAAAGAGGGAAUCCGGAUUUUGAGUCAAGCCGUCGAGCUUGCUAUGGACACUGAAGCCGCAAUGAUCCAACUCGAAGGGCUCGAGAAACGAUUCAAAGAAGAGAACUGUAUAUAUCGAUGCAUUCGAAAGAGGGUCAAACAUUUAGACCGAACUCAAGCCGAUAUAAUCAAACCUCCUCGCAAAUAUUUUAGACGACUUUGUUACCGGCUUUGCAUCAAUAAUACAUUCGAACACUUUAUGUUGGUCGUUAUAACCAUUCAUUGCAUUUUCAUAAUCGUGGACAUAAUAUAUCAUCCGCCAGGACACCAUGAAGAUACCAUAAAUAAACAACUUGACGUUGCGAUUUCAAUCCUUGAUCUUAUUUUCUCUUUCAUUUACAUCUUUGAGAUGAUUGUGAAAGUAUUGGCAUUUUCCUGGAUCCAGAUUUGGAAUCACGGAAUUAAGACCUAUUUCAAGUCUGUUUGGCGAAUUAUUGAUUUCAUCGUAUUGGUGGCAUGUACGAUGGACGCUUAUUAUGACUUGAAGUGUUUAUAUGCAAAAAUUCCCAAGAACGAGUAUGAUGCCUUUUAUCAUGUUUUGACCCUUUUGCGAGUUCUGCGAGUCGUGCGACUUUUCACAAUUUUGAAAAUCUUCUACCCGAAAAUUAUUAUGUAUCUAGACCGGGUUGUUGACACCCAAUUGGCGUUUACGUAUGAAUUGGGGAAAAGUUAUGCAAUUGGAGAGACUGAAAUUUUGGAUAUGUUGCCCUACAUAAUCGACAAUAACACAAUCCGAGAAGAAAUCAAGCAGAAAAUUGAAAGGGAUAAGGUUAUCAUAACAAAGUUGUUGGGAGUGAUUCAAAAGGAGAAACCUUGGAUUGCAAUAACUGUGAAGACGAAACAAGCAAUUCGGACGAUUUUGAACUCGAUGAAGGAAGCAGCAAAUCAGUUGAAGAUUGCUGGUUGGGUCGACGACUAUGAACAAGAAAAACUGACCCAAGUCAUUGGUGAGCUGUGGUCCAAAGUAAAUUCGAUCAAAACGGUCCAACCAAGCGCCCCCAAAGUCAUUUUCAAGGAAGUUGCGUGGAUGGCAGGGGACCAAAACGUUAUUGAUUUUCUAUUUGAAAAUGUCACGGUAAAGAAAUUCGAACCUGGGGAUGUAGUGUUUGGCGAAGGAACUGUUGCUGAUGGUAUUUACAUCGUCGUGACUGGUCUUUUUAUGAUCACUUAUAAACCGGAACCGAAUGUAUUGUCUAGUUUGCAUGAAUUUGGCCAAUUGCCAAUCGGUGAUUAUUUAUCGGCUACGCAAUACGACGAACGUGUUGUAGACUAUAUAGUGUCUGGUAAUUGUAUAGGCGAGCUCAGCACUUUGACUGGAAGAGCUUAUAACAGUACUGUGUCUGCAGAUGCACAUUGCCAGGUCUAUGUUUUGAGUAAGGGUGUUAUAAAUCGGGCAAUGGAGCUAAGUCCAGACCCCGUCGUAGGACUGGAAUGUCGGCUUUGGAAAGAAGUCAGUAUAAGAAUGGCCGUUCCUCUUCUUAUGUCGGUUCCAGCUUAUCAAGGUUUCUCCCAAGACCAAAUCAAGUACGCCCUCGAACGUGCCUUUGUCCCAAAUUUAUCCAAUUACAAGGUUUUUGCCGUCACUGAUAUGGUUGAAGACAUUAUUUUAAUUGAAGGCACUGCUGCUGACUUUAAUACUAGAGAAACUUUUGUUGCCCCUUGUUGUAUUCCUAGAACCGUCCAAAAACUCAUACUUCCAAAGAGUAGCUUACUUAACAUUCCAGUUUUCUUAGAUACGAAGCUACUUAUAAUUCCCGAGAAAGAUGUAGAUGAAUAUGAUGUCAUGAUUUUAGCUGAAGAAACGUGCGAGAUGGUGGAUGCCGGAGCAAAUUUGAAAUGUCUCCAACAUGCGACACAAGAAAAAACUCGAAAGAAAAAAAUAAAAAUGAUGACUUCGAGGAAAAAAGGGACUUCUACUAGUAAAACUCUGAGCAAGUUCAAACCAGAAUCGAGUGAUUCAGGCGGUAUGUUGUUUUUCAAGAGAACCGAUUCUGAAACGCAUAGUGUUUAUUUGGAAGAGGAGGAAGAGAAUAAACGAAGUGCUGAGCAACAGAAAUAAUCAAAUGCUCAUCCUUAUUUUCAUGUAUUUUGUU